UACUUUUACCCGUUAGGCUCAAAGUGGAUAACAGAUGGAUAAUUAAAAUAUUAAAAAAAAAAAAAAAAAACAGACACAGUGACAUUCACUUGCAUCAUUUUUCAACCUCUCUUUUUAAUGCACUUUCCUUGUACUUCCAUCGUACAAAAAAGUAGCACCAAACAUAUUCACUAAAAAAAAAAAAAAAAAAAAAAAAACUUACAAAAUUUAAAAUAUUUUCUUGUUUUGUCACCAUCCAUUAUUCUUUAAUCCUCUCUUCUUAUAAAUAUGAGGCUAUCAGACACAACAUAUCUUAGCAAUCCCAUAAACUUCUUUGUUCCUUAAACUUCUUUGUCUUUUUCUUGUCUCCCACCUUCUAUUUUUGGAUUUAUUUGCAUUUUUAUGCAAAUUUUGCUCCAAUUUUUUAAACUAUGGAGAUAACUUCUAUGAACAAUGAGAAGCCUAGUAAUUUUUUAAUCAAUGGAUUAUUGUGGUUUAAGUCCUUGCCUGAAAAAUUAUUUGCUAAGAUUGUUGGAAUUGCUAAGCAAUUCAAGAAAAUUGGCAAAGAUGAUCCAAGAAGAGUGAUUCACUCACUUAAAGUUGGAUUAGCACUCACUUUGGUUUCAUUAUUCUACUAUUUCCAACCCCUUUACAAUAGUUUUGGUGUUUCAGCAAUGUGGGCUAUCAUGACUGUUGUUGUGGUCUUCGAGUUUUUACGUGCAACACUUGGAAAAGGAUUAAAUAGGGGAAUGGCAACCUUGCUUGCUGGUGCACUAGGGGUUGGUGCACAUUAUUUGGCUAGUGCAACUGGUAAAGUUGUGGAGCCAAUACUACUUGGGCUGUUUGUCUUUCUACAAGCAUUUGCAUCAACUUUCAUAAGAUUCUUUCCUCACGUGAAGGCCAGAUAUGAUUAUGGGAUGUUGAUUUUCAUCUUGACAUUUUGUUUGGUUUCAAUAUCUGGAUUUAGAGUGGACGAAAUAAUUGACAUGGCACAUAAAAGGUUGUCCACAAUACUCCUUGGUGCAUCUGUUUGUGUUAUUGUCUCAAUAUUUGUUUGCCCUGUGUGGGCUGGUGAAGAUCUGCACAAGUUAGUGGCUCAAAAUAUGGAGAAGCUUGGCAAGUUCUUAGAAGGAUUUGGAGAUGAGAUUUUUAGAUCAUCAGUGGUUGAAGAGUCAAAAGACGCUAAAAAAUCCUUGGUAGAGUACAAAAGUGUCCUCAAUUCAAAGAAUACUGAAGAAGCUUUGGCUAAUUUUGCAAGAUGGGAGCCAGGGCAUGGGCAGUUUAAAUAUAGACAUCCAUGGAAACAAUACUUGAAAAUUGGAGGUCUCAUUAGGCAAUGUGCAUGCAGGAUUGAUGCACUCAAUUGCUAUAUCAACUCUGAAAUCAAAGCACCAGAAGAGAUCAAAGGAAUGAUCAAAGAAACAUCAAAGAAAAUGAGCAUAGAAUGUGGGAAAGCACUAAAAGAACUAUCCCAAGCUGUGAGGAAAAUGAAUUUGCCAAUUUCAGCUGAACAACAUGUCACAAAUGCUAAAAAUUCAGCCAAGAAUUUAAAUUCACUUCUCAAAUCCGGCAUUAGUUGGGAAGAAAUUAAUUUACUAGAAGUGAUUCCAGUGGCUGCAAUUGCAUCAAUAUUAACAGAUAUUGUGAUUUGUGUUGAAGAAAUUGGACAAGGGGUUAAUGAGCUUGCUUCAUUAGCAAAUUUUAAGAGGACCAAAAAUAAAGAAAUAAUUAAUACAAAGGUGGUGGUGGAGAAAAUCGAGUCAAACAAUAAUAUUGAAGGGGCAACAACACAAGGAAGCAGAAAAGUCCAUGCUUGUUCUUCUCAACAUGAUGAUCAUCAUGUUGUUAUUACUAUUAACGAGCAAAAUAUGAAAUUGUGAUGUGUUAAAUUUAUUGGUUAAUACUUCUACAUGAUGCAAAAGGUUUGACUGUCUGA